AUGCGUGCCUCACUUCUCCUUCUCAGUGUUACGGUCGCUCUCGCUAGCCCAACGCCCCGUAACUAUGUCAUUCAUGAGCGGCGCGAUGCAUUGCCCAGUGUCUGGGUUGAGGAAAGCCGGUUGGAGAAGAGUGCUAUGCUGCCUAUGCGAAUAGGGCUUGCUCAGUCCAACUUGGAUCGUGGUCACGAAAUAUUGAUGGAGCUGUCUCAUCCACAAUCAUCUCGCUACGGACAGCACCUCUCCAGCGAGGAGGUGCAUGACCUGUUUGCUCCGUCGAAUGAGGCCGUGGAGAACGUCCGAGCCUGGAUUGAGUCUGCUGGCAUUGCCCCAGGCCGCAUCUCACAAUCCUACAAUAAGCAGUGGCUGCACUUUGAUGCCCACGCAAGCGAGGUCGAGCAGCUUCUGCAGACGGAAUACUACAUCUAUUCACACGCCGACACGGGAAGCACCCAUGUGACAUGCCAUGAAUACCACGUGCCUGAGGCUAUUCAAUCGCACAUCGACUACAUAACACCAGGAGUGAAGAUGUUGGAAGUGCGCGGCAUGCCCUCCAAGAAGAGAGAUACAGAGAAGCGUUUCCUUGGCAGUCUGCCCCCGAUUCUAGCUCCACUACCAAUCAAUAUCACCAAGAUUUUCGAUGACCCGCUAGCACACUGCGAUCUGGCCGUGACACCAGACUGUAUUAGAGCCAUGUACAACAUCACCAAAGGAACAACAGCCACAAAGGGCAACGAGCUCGGCAUCUUCGAAGACCUAGGAGACAUCUACAGUCAAGAAGACCUAAACCUUUUCUUCUCCAACUUUGCCAGCGAGAUCCCCCAAGGAACCCAUCCAACCCUCGACUCCAUCGACGGAGCCACCGCGCCAACAGACGUCACCAACGCGGGCCCCGAGUCCGACCUCGACUUCCAGAUGGCCUACCCGAUCAUCUGGCCCCAAAACACCAUCCUCUACCAAACCGACGACCCCAACUACGAAGACAACUACAACUACAAAGGCCUCCUCAACAACUUCCUCUACGCCAUCGACGGCUCCUACUGCAACGAAACCUCCUCCCUAGACCCUCAAUACCCAGACCCCUCCCCAGACGGCUACAACUCCCCCAAGCAAUGCGGCGUCUACACCCCGACAAACGUAAUCUCCAUCUCCUACGGCAGCCCAGAAGCCGAGCUCCCCAUCGCCUACCAACGCCGCCAAUGCCACGAGUUCAUGAAACUCGGCCUGCAAGGCAUCACUGUCGUCGUAGCAUCCGGCGACUCCGGCGUCGCCUCCAGCACCGGCGCCUGCCUGGGCACCUCAGACAACAUCUUCGUCCCCGACUUCCCAGCCACAUGUCCCUACCUAACCGUAGUAGGAGGCACAUACCUCCCACUAGGCUCCGACGCCGCCAAAGACGAAGAAAUCGCAGUCACCCGCUUCCCCUCCGGCGGCGGGUUCAGUAAUAUCUACGCCCGACCAUCAUACCAGAACCACUCCGUGGAAGCCUAUUUUUCCACUACCUCCGACGAGCUCACCUACCCCUACUACUCAGAAGUAAACUACACAGACUUCUCCACCGCAGACGGGAUCUACAACCGCAUCGGACGAGGAUACCCCGAUGUCUCUGCAAUCGCAGAUAACAUCAUCAUCUAUAAUAAGGGCGAAGCCACAUUAGUAGGCGGUACCUCUGCCGCGGCGCCGGCGUUCGCGGCCAUGUUGACGCGCAUUAAUGAGGAGAGGUUGGCGAAGGGGAAGGCCACGGUGGGGUUUGUGAAUCCGGUGUUGUAUGAACAUACCGAGGCGUUUAAGGAUGUGACCGUUGGGGAGAAUCCGGGGUGUGGAACGGAUGGGUUUCCGGUUGCGAGGGGGUGGGAUCCUGUUACGGGGUUGGGGACGCCGAGGUUUGAGAGGUUGAUGGAUUUAUUCAUGAAGCUUGAUUGA